UUCAUCAUCUGUUUUAACAAAUUUCACAAUGCAUCUACAACAGCCUACAAUGCAGUGUGAACGUACGUCAUUUCGUCCAUUGAUGGAUAUCGCUUCGAGCCGGGCGAUGCAAACAGAGUUAAGUGUAUUUUUAUAAAUAAGGUUCAUUACAUUGUAAGGCUUUGCAUGGUGGUGCCGUGGUGACUGAGUCGAUCGAGUCGAUGAAAGCAUAUAAGCUUUGCCGGGCCAGCGUCAUUUGUGUCUGGACAAGCGGGUUGAACAGAUCAAGAAUAAGGCUAGACAGGCAUUGUAAGACAGGGCAGAAUUAUUGGAAAUGGCCAGUCCAGAUGAGCCGGCUAAGGUGCUGGUAAUCUACACAGGUGGAACGAUCGGUAUGACCCGCAACGAAAGGAACGCUUUGGUGCCCAUUGCCAACGAAUUCGAACGGCAAGUUCGUAGAUAUCCCGGCAUGCACGACCCUGACUACGCUGGCCAGUUUAACGAUCCGACGAUACUAGCUCUCCCUUUCGUAGAGGGUGAACGUAGACGGAUCGUCUACCAAAUUCGCGAGUACAGUCCCUUGCUCGAUUCGUCCAACAUGGGCGUACACGAAUGGUUAAAAAUUGCCGAAGAUAUCGAAGAGUCUUACGAGGAGUUCGACAGCUUCGUAAUUCUGCACGGCACAGACACGCUCUGCUUCACGGCAUCGGCCCUCUCCUUUAUGCUGGAGAAUCUGAGAAAAACCGUAAUCGUCACUGGAGCCCAGAUUCCGAUUUUCGAGACCAGAACCGAUGGGAAGGACAACUUUAUAGCGGCCUUGAUCCUCGCGGGAAGGAACUCCAUACCGGAGGUAUGCGUUGUCUUCAACAAUCAGCUGUUCAGAGGCAACCGAACGGUGAAGGAGAGCAACAAUACGUUGAACCCAUUCCGCUCUCCGAACGCUCCGCCUCUAGCGAGGUUGGGAGUCGACAUAGUGGUCGACGAAGGGCUGAUUCUACGCCAUGAAGGCGAAGACACUCUCAAAGUUUUCCGUGGAUUGAACACGAAUGUCGACUUGAUCUACAUGCAUCCUUUCAUUUCAACGGAGACGGUCGUCAACAUACUCAGAUCCAAAGAAGGAGCUGUUCUGUUGACGUACGGAGCCGGAAAUAUCCCUACCAAUAGGCCAGACCUGAUGGCGGCACUGCAGGAGGCCGCACAGGACAAGUUGAUCGUCAAUUGCACCCAAUGCUACGAGGGACAUGUGAGCGAAAUUUACGAGGCCGGUCAAAAGCUGGAGCAAAGCGGAGUUGUUUCCGGAAUGGAUAUGACACUGGAAGCUGCGUUGGUGAAGCUGUCCUAUGUGCUUGGCAAAGGCGAAUGGAGUUAUGAUGAGAAGAAACGGAAAAUGAAAAGUAGCCUUCGAGGUGAACUAACUGCGAGCGGAGACAGAACGUGAAGUGGCUACGGUUACCAACGUAAUACAACAGCCUUUGGUUUAGUAGGAUUAAAACGGAAGCAUUAUGCCUAAUAAGGGUACCGAUACCCUACUUACUUACAUAUCAUAAUCGUGGAAAAGUUCUCAAAAGAACUAUGUGAGAGUUCCGAAGAGUGUAUGGGAAAUGUUGCAAUCGGUCAACCCUCAUAUCGAGACAACCGUUAUGUAAUAGACACACCAUGAGUGUGUGUUGUC